CCGGCCAAACGUAAACAAACAAGCAGGCGGCGGCGGCUUGAGUGCUGGAUGGUGUGUUUUAGUAUUAUUAUAGUGAGGAAAGAUAAAUAGAGCAACGCCACUGGAAAGGAAAGUGCGUCAAUAAGCGGAGGAGAGGAUCAAGAGGAGGGGGAGAAGCGAUACAGGUCCAAAGAGAAAGGAGAAGGGUGCAUUCGCUCCCAUAAGCUACAGCACCUGGACGUACGUGACAACAGCAGAAACAAACAGACGCAUACACAAUGGAGCCCAACGACAGCAACAUCAGGAUCCCGGCGGUGCUCAUGCCGUCAUACAACAGGCUGAUUGCAACCGAGGAAGGCAAGAAUGUGAUGAAACGGAUCAGAGUUGAGUGCGGCGUGUGCAAGGCAACACGCUUCUACUCCAUCCAGUGGGGCAUUACACGCAUUGCUGGUGUUGUGGCCUGCGAGGGCUGCCGACAGUUCUACCAGCGGUUCAAGAGGGAGCCGAGGAAAGAGCACUGUGACAAGGGCUGCAAGUGCUUUCUUCAGGAGGAGUUCCCCCGGAAGUGCAAGGCAUGCGGCAUCGCACAGAUCCUGACCUGCUGCCCAGUGUCUACCUCCUUAUUCAACAGCCUGAUCACCUACCUGCCAACGGAGCUCAAGAAACGAAUGCCGAACAAGCCCAUAGCUGCCUCCGAGGUGCCAGAGAAUCGCCGCGGGGGCCUGGGGCUGGAGGUCUACAAGGGUGACACUUGGGAGGAUGUGACAGAUAAGGACGAGGUAAAGGCGCUCUCCGCAUGGAAUGAUGAAACGGAAGGUGAUGACGCGAACCAAGACGAUGGCGACAUGGAGUUUGAGGAGAUGGUGGUGGACGAGCCAGGCCUGGGAGAGGUGCCGCCCCCUGAGGAACGACUGCCUUCACCAUUGCCGCCCCCGCCGCCCCGCGUCGGCCGCCCCAAGAAAAACAAACCCAAAGCCUUGCUUGACCCAGACCAACGGACAUCUCAGCGGUCCAGCAGAGGAACAUCGUUGGUGAUGGCAUCGCUCCUGGAGGGUCUGAAGGUCAACAAUGAGUUCAUGGAAAACUUCAAUCCCAAGACGAGUGAGCGGAUGAGGCGGAAAAAGAAGAAAGUCCAGUACUUCAACAGCAACACCAGGGGGCGCAGUUCACAAGCAUCAGCCUUCCAUGGUCCUGACGGGUCCCUGCUGGCCUCGGGGAAGGACCUUUGUGACUGCCUCAUCAGCACCUGUCCCGGCUGCCACUUCCCCUGCAGCAAGUGUGGCUCAGGGAAGUGUGGCAAGGAGUGCAGAAUCAACCGCAAAUGGUACUAUGACAAGGUGGAGGUGGAAGGCUCGACGCUGUCCUGGAACAACGAGUAUGUGAAGAAAAUGUAGAAAAAAUAAUGUUCUUGGAAAAUACAAAGAAGUAGAACACAAAAGUCAAGAAAAAUGCUUCUGUAAAAUGGAGCUAAAGGAGUUCUAGAGAGAAAGGUUAGGGGAAUGCAAAGGGGAGUGGAGAAGAAAAGCCUGGAUACAAUAUUGAGAAAAUGGAAAUGAAUACGUAUCAUAGAAAAAACUGUGCUAGAUAUAAGCUAAUGGUAAUCUCUCCCUAUCUCUCUCUCUUUUGUGAUGUGUCCAGACUCAUGUUUUUUGUCUGUUAUCAAUAAAAAUUGAUGUCCCAU